AAAUAUAGCAAUUUUGGUCCAGACUAAAGACACGUAUUGAUAUAUAUACACGCACUGAUUGUAUAUAGAGUGAGAGAGAUUGUUUGUAGCUCUCUGGUGGGAUAACAAUGGGGGAAGGAGAAGAAGUGAGAAACAAACAGGUGUUAUUUAAAGGGUACAUAAGUGGGUUCCCAAAAGAGAGUGAUAUGUGUAUAAGCACAGAUAAUAGUAUAUGCUUGAAGGUGCCAGAAGGCUCUAAUGGUGUUUUGGUGAAGAAUCUCUACUUGUCGUGCGACCCUUACAUGCGACUUCUAAUGCAAAAGAUUGAAGGCCCAAGUAUCUUCACUUCCCUCACCCCUGGUUCUGUGAUAACAGGAUAUGGAGUAGCAAAAGUUUUGGAUUCAGGACACCUUAACUUCAAGAAGGAUGACUUGGUUUGGGGGACAACUGGAUGGGAAGAGUACAGUCUCAUUACAGUAACCGAUUCCCUUUUCAAAAUUGAACAUACUGAUGUACCCCUCUCAUACUAUACAGGAAUUCUCGGUAUGCCGGGAAUGACUGCAUAUGUUGGUUUUUAUGAGACUUGUAAUCCUAAGAAAGGAGAGUAUGUAUUUGUCUCUGCAGCAUCUGGUGCAAUUGGUCAACUUGUUGGGCAGUUUGCAAAGUUGAUGGGUUGCUAUGUUGUUGGAAGUGCAGGAAGUAAAGAAAAGGUUGAUUUGUUGAAGAACAAAUUUGGAUUUCAUGAGGCUUUCAAUUACAAGGAAGAACAUGACUUGGAUGCAGCUUUGAAAAGGUACUGUCCCGAAGGUAUUGACAUUUACUUUGAUAAUGUUGGGGGAAAGAUGCUGAACGCAGUGAUCCUCAACAUGAGGAGCCACGGCAGGAUUGCUCUCUGCGGACAGGUUUCACAAUACAUCCUUGAUGAACCCGAAGGAGUGAAAAACGUGAUCUGCCUCAUCUACAGUCGAGUGCGUGUGGAGGGAUUUGUAGUUUUCGAUUACUUACCCCAAUAUUCCAAGUUCUUGGAUACUAUUUUGCCUUCUAUCAGAGAAGGGAAAAUAACAUAUGUGGAAGACAUUGUUGAAGGCCUCGAGAGUGCUCCUGCAGCUCUAGUAGGACUUUUUAGUGGCCGCAAUGUUGGGAAACAAUUAGUCGUAGUUGCUCGUGAAUGAUUAAACCUUCUGGUGUACAUCGUUUUCCCACUGAUAUAUGCAUUAAUAAGUGUGAACUAUGAAUACAAUGUAGUCCUCCUUAAAUUACAUUGUUUGGAUCAUCCCUGUUUGGGUGUGAGGGAGGUUGUAUCGAUGGCUCCAUGUGCUGGUGGUUUCAUGUACUUCGUACGUGUUUUUAAACUCUGUAUUCAGGUACUUGUUUUGUUUAAGUGCAUCUGCUUUCACAUGCU